AUGCCUGGAACAGCUAAUACAUUCCAGACAUUGGCAACUAUAGGCAUAACUGCCAGGAUGCCGGUUGGUUGGAAACCUGCAAUGAGCUUGAUGCGAUUUGUUGCUCCAUCACAUCCUGGCCGAGUUUUGAGCAGGGCACAUAUGCCUUUUGGUGUGGUACCAAGGCGAAUUUCGAAUAUGCAAAGAAAUUUUACUGCAUCGGCACUUUUUGUUCCUGGAUUAAGAGAAUUUUCGACAUUCCCGGUGGCCAGAGAUGCCCAGAAGGUGGAAAAAAAGACAGUAGCAAAAGAUGCAGCCAAAAAGGAUUCGAAAUCAGACUCAAAAGAGGUUGUUGCAGCUGAAAAAAAGCCAAAAGAGGUUAAACCACCACUUAUGACUCGUGUCAAGGCCGGAUUCAAGCAUUAUUGGGACGGCACAAAGUUGCUUGGUAUGGAGAUUAAGGUUUCUUGUCGUUUACUUGUCAAAAUGGGUACUGGAUACGAGCUUACGCGUCGUGAAUAUCGUCUUUUACAGCGAACGAUUGCAGAUGCCCUCAGAUUGUUCCCAUUUGCCUUUUUUGUGAUUGUUCCCUUUGCGGAGUUGCUACUCCCAAUUGCCUUGAAGCUCUUCCCAAAUUUGCUUCCAUCGACAUACGAGUCAAAGCUCGAUAGGGAGAAGAAAAUGACGAUUUUGAGAAACACGAGAACUAAAGUGAGUCACGUUUUGAGAUCUUCAAGACAGAAAGUGAUGCUCCCAACUGACAUCACCGAUGAGCAGAGAGCGGACUUCAAGGACUUCAUGGCAAAGUUUAAGGAUGACAAAGCGGACCAGAUAUCGAAAGAGCAACUUAUGAGAGUCGCUAGACUUUUCAAAGAUGACUUGAUCUUGGAUAACUGUUCGAGAAGCAUCCUCACGGCCAUGUCCAAGUUCAUCAACUUGCGGCCGUAUGGAAGUGACCAGAUCCUCAGAUACAGGAUAAGGCACAAAAUGCUCAAAAUUAAGGCUGAUGACAGACUUAUCGACUACGAGGGUGUUGAUAGUCUGACAACUCAGGAGCUCCAGGUUGCUUGUGCUUCUCGAGGCAUCAAAACAUACACGGCAACACCUCAGCAGAUGAGAACUUGGCUCGAAAACUGGCUCCAGUUGCGUCUUCGUGAUAAAUUGCCAUCUACUUUGGCCAUUCUUGUCAAUGCGUACACUUACGAUCAGCCAAAUGGUUCCGUUGACCAGUAUGAGGCCUUGAAGACUGUUUUAACUGCACUUCCUAUCGAAUUCUACCAUGCCCAGGAAUUGCACGUCGAUCAGGACAAUGCUACUUUUACCCAACGUAUCAAUGUUCUUAAGGAGCAAGAGCACUUGAUUCGUGCUGAGAGUGCUCAGGAGAAGGAUAAUGUUGUCUUGGUCAAGGAUAAGUUGAACUUGGAUGAUGACUCUGAGGUCCAGAAGCGGGUUGGAAAACAGGUUGAGAAGGAGGCUGAGGAGGAGAGAAAGGAAAAGGAGAAGAAGGAGAAUGAGAAGAAGGAGAAUGAGAAGAAGGAGAAUGAGAAGAAUGUGAAUGCAAAGAAAUCGGAAGAGAAGAAAUGA